CCAUGCUGAAAAAGGAGUGAGUGUGGCUUAGAGCUUCCUUUUGUACCUCUGAUUCCCAAUCUUCCCUUUUCGAACCAAUCCAUCCAUUUCUUACUACAUUUCAACCACAUCUCUCCUUUGUCCUCAUCUCAAUCAUCUUGUGGCUCUCUCUCUCAUAUUCAAUUACCCUUUUUCUUUCAUUUCAUUGUCUUUAGAUUCUUCCACGUCACUAUAACCCAUCUCUUACACUCUGCCUUGUGGGAUUUUGCUCAUUUUCCACCUUUCAUUGAUCCAUUGAUUCUUUUGGAUUCUGUUGCUACAGCUCGAUGGGAGACGUGGCUAAGGACCUAGCAGCCGGUACCGUUGGAGGGGCUGCGCAAUUGAUAGUUGGACAUCCCUUUGACACCAUCAAGGUCAAGCUCCAAAGCCAACCUACACCACUCCCUGGUCAGCCUCCCAGGUAUUCUGGUGCAUUUGAUGCCGUCAGGCAGACGUUAGCGGCCGAAGGUCCAGGGGGUUUGUACAAAGGUAUGGGCGCCCCGCUUGCUACGGUUGCAGCCUUCAAUGCUGUCCUGUUUACAGUUAGGGGACAAAUGGAAUCAUUAGUGAGGUCCCAUCCUGGUGCUCCCCUCACAGUGAAUCAACAGUUUGUCUGUGGAGCUGGAGCUGGUGUCGCUGUUUCCUUUCUUGCUUGUCCAACUGAAUUAAUCAAAUGCAGGUUGCAAGCACAAAGUGCGCUUGCUGGCACUGGAACAGCAGCUGUGACUGUUAAAUAUGGAGGACCAAUGGAUGUGGCCCGACAAGUUCUCCGAUCAGAGGGGGGCGUGAGAGGUCUUUUCAAAGGCUUGCUUCCCACAAUGGGACGCGAGAUACCUGGAAAUGCGAUAAUGUUUGGUGUAUAUGAAGCAUUAAAGCAACAGUUCGCAGGCGGGACAGAUACCUCUGGCCUAAGCCAAGGUUAUCUGAUUGUUGCUGGAGGCUUGGCCGGUGCUUCUUUCUGGGGCAUCGUUUACCCAACCGAUGUUAUUAAAAGUGUGCUUCAAGUAGAUGAUUAUAAGAACCCUAAGUAUUCUGGUUCAUUUGAUGCUUUCAGAAAGAUUAAAGCCACUGAGGGAUUCAAAGGCCUAUACAAGGGUUUUGGUCCUGCAAUGGGCAGAAGUGUUCCUGCAAAUGCAGCAUGCUUCUUGGCAUAUGAGAUGACAAGAUCAGCUUUAGGAUGAUAAAUUAUUAUGGUAAAACUUAAUAUCAAUUUUUCAUGGUUCUUAUUAUCCAAAAACAAAAACAAAAUCUCAUGUUUCUUUCUACUUUUGUUCCCAAAACUUUUGCAUUCCAUUAAUUACCAUGUCCAUAUGGCCACACAUGCUUGUCGUUUGUUAUUGCUUGAACCAACAUAGUCAUUCUUUAACCAGUAGUAAUACAUACAUCCUUUUAUUAUUGAUUUCUAUCUUAACAAAAUAUGUAAUAUAGUAGUCAUUUUAUA